UCCAGAUUGAGAAAUCUUAAACAUGCCUUGCAGUCGUGAAGGAAUAAGAAAAUUUGGAAUAGCAUUUUUGAUCACCAACAUCUUAUUAAUUGGUAUUGGAACAGGCUUCAUCAUAGCUGGGACAUUGUCUGUAAUUGAAGUGCCAAGCCUUGAAUCGGACAACACCAAGCCUCUUCUGGAUCCUGUUCUGUCCGAUCCCUUUCAAGCAGGUGGAAUGGCAUUUGGUCUGUCCAUUCUGAUUAUAACUAUCGGAGUAGUUAUCCUGGGGGUUGCUGGACUUGGAAUAUUUUUAAUCUCUGGAAAAUGGUUUCAAAUUAAGCGUAUGCUGGCAAUAUAUGCAGGUUUUGUCGGAGUUGUGAUUAUUUGCCAAAUUAUAUUCAUGAUUUUUUGGUGUGGCUUGUUGGUGAAUGACAAGGUGGAGGAAGAAUUGAAAGACAAAUUGACUGUUGCAUUGAAAGAAAAUUUUAUAGAGGACACGACCUCAAACAUUGAUUCUAUAUCAAAUGCAUGGAAUUAUAUGUUUAUGCAGCUUGAUUGUUGUGGAGUUGACCCGGUACUAUCCAUGACGAAUGAUUUUGAUCAAACACCUUGGUGUACAACAUCAGGAUCCUGCCAGACAAGUCAUUCAAACAUUCCAAGGACCUGCUGCACUGGUGUUGACGAAAGCACAUAUUCUUCCGCUCCAGCGAGCUGUCAUAGAAAUGUUACUAGUGGAACAUACAAUGCAAAGGGAUGUUACGAAGCACUGAAGGAGAAGUUGCUGUCUCAGAGUCUGAGUUUUAUAUGCCUUGCAAUUGCCGCUUUUGUCAUUGAGGUAAUCAUUGCGUAGACAUUGAGGUCUAUAUCUGAGCUAGCCUGGUUCCUUCGAGAGAUAUGGGUAGUCCAGGGAAGCAGGCUAGCAGAAGUUUAUCUGAAU